UUUAAGGAGACAUAGAGGUAAAAACAAAAUCAAAACUGUGAAAGGAGAGCAUAGAUAAAUAGCAGUGAUCAUUUUUAGGAUUCUGUGAUUUCAAAUAAAAACGAUGUAUAAUGUUGCAAUUGAAAUUUGCCUUGAAUCUGGAGCAAUAAGUAUUUGUUGAUUCGUAGUCUGUUUCUGCUUUGUCUAAGCUAUUUGCCAGAUGUCUGCAGUAGUUAUACUAAUUAAAAUGGCAUUGCCUAGUAGAGCUUGCUCUUCUCUCAUGCUACUAAUAUGAAGAUAUUUCAUUUAAAGGUAUUCAUUUAUUACAACACAGUAAUUUUGGCCCCUCCUUCCCUCCCCUCCCCCGCCCCCAAAGCGUUUCCUUUUCUUUCUUGCACCCCACCCUGAUUAUUUUAACUUUUUGGCAGCCAUGUCUAAUAUUUCAGCAACACAUGUCCUGGGUUCUUUAAAUUCACAAAUGUUGCUAAUCUGAAAUGAGAAUUUCAGAUAUUUUUGCAAGCCUAUUUCAGCUGAGCUAAUUUUAUAACAGUGUUGUUGAAUGAAAUGUGCACAUAAUUUUGUGUCAGUCAUGGGUGGAUCACCCAUAUCUUGAAUAUUGAGAUGAGCUGUGGCAGCCAGAUGAAGUGUUAACAGCACAGAAUUCUAUUAAAUGUAUGGUCUUAUUUGCUAAAUGAUAAGAUAAUGAAAAAGUUCAGUGCAAAUGAACAAGUUCAGAAAUUUUUAUGUAGGUUUGUCAUUCAAACAAUCUCUAAUAUCAAAGUAUUAUAUGUAAUAUAGACAUUGUUGCUUAGGUAAGUAUAUACUUAGCCUGAAUUUCAGAAGCAAAAGAUCAAGACCACAGAGAAGUUGCAAUUCAGAUUUAUUUGUAGUCAGGGCAAAGAAAUAUAUUCCUGUUCUAGGAUGCUUUUUGAUUGUCUCAUAUGCUUGUUUCUGAUAGUACUCUUUAAAUUUUAGACUACAAAAUGUCGCCACAAAUUGUUAAAGUGACACUGAGAAUUUUGUAUUGCUGGUUUGUAGUAAUGUGUUCCUGCAUGUAAGAGUAUCUAUAUUUAAAAAUUUAAAGUAUGAUGACAUUAGAUGUAUUGAUUGCUAUUAAAUAGGCUUACAUUUUAGUAGUAACUGUUGCAAAUCAAAACACCUGUCAUGAUAGGCUGUGGAGUCAUGGAAGUGAUUCCGGAUAGGAAGUAUCUAAAAGGUUAAAAGUGCGAUGCCUGUUAGAGGUGGGUUGUUUGCUGCAUGCAGGGUCGCUGGGCGAGGGGCUGCCCCGGCUGCAGUACGUGUUUCGGAUGCUCCCCUCCAGCAGAAAAGUUAUGUAAUGCAGAGCUAAGAGCAAGAAUUUUGAGCAUUGUCAGCUGUUACUCAGAAAGUUUUGGUGUUUCCUUUUGGACAGCUGACCUGCUCUCAAGAGGCACUAUAAACAAUCACCGUAAUACAAAUCAAAGUAGCAAGGGGGAUUCUGUUGCAUAAUCUCCUUUUAUUUUUAAGGAGACUGUUUCCUGGAAAUGCCUUUGAUUGCGUGUCAGUGUGAAAAUUUAAACUGUUUUAUGUAGCUGUCACUGGUGGAUAAUUGCUAACAGGUGGAAGUGGAAAAGGAAAAGAUUACAGCAUUGUGCUCAGUAGGUUGAUGGUGAGAUGUGAUUCAGCCGAGCAGUCCCCUUUUCACACUUCUUGGAGCAUGAAUAUAGGACCUAGAAGGGAGCUAAGACCAGAAGGAACAGUUUUCGCUGCUUAAGUUUUGUGAGGGGAGCGGCACACGGGCAGAAGUCAUUGCUGUGUUCCUUAAGCAUGCCAAAGAGCAACAGGUUAAAGCUGGCAGCCUGUUAUCUUCGCGGUCUAGGUUUUAGAAAUCCCCAUAACGUAACGCACUUGAAAUAGAUGUCGUCAUCAGCUCCUGCCCUGAGUACUAAGCCUGACCAAAUACAUGUGACAGAAGAUGGUGGAGUAGAGUGCAGCAGCUAUUCAUGUGGAAACGGACAGCAGAGGCGUAGAUCCAUUCAAGAUCUGAGUGUUGCUGGAACAGAGUCCAGUCAGGAGAGCAGAAACAGCAGUAGAUCAUCUAGUCCUAGUGUGAGAAUGAUCACUACCUCGGGACCAACCUCUGAAAAGCCAACUCGUAAUCCAUGGACACCUGAUGAUGCAGAGACCAAUGGGUCAGAUAACUCCAUCCCAAUGGCAUAUCUUACAUUAGAUCAUCAAUUACAGCCUCUAGCACCGUGCCCGAACUCCAAAGAAUCUAUGGCUGUGUUUGAGCAGCACUGCAAAAUGGCACAAGAAUAUAUGAAAGUUCAGACAGAAAUCGCAUUGCUGUUGCAGAGGAAACAAGAACUAAUAGCGGAACUGGACCAGGAUGAAAAAGACCAGCAAAAUACCUCCCGUCUGGUACAAGAACAUAAAAAGCUGUUAGAUGAAAACAAAAGUCUCUCAACUUACUAUCAGCAAUGCAAAAAACAAUUAGACGUCAUCAGAAAUCAGCAACAGAAACGGCCAGGCACAUCAUGAUUUCCUGGGACCUUUCAAAUGAAAAAUAUGCACAGAAAAGACUGUAUUUUUUUUAUUGUUAUUAUUAUCCCUUAUUAUGACAACUCAUGAGUGUUAGCUUCUUGGUGUGAUCUGUAUUUGUCUGCUACACUUACCAUCGUUUAAUUUUCUUUUUCCUAUGGUGGACAUCCAGUUCAACAGGUUAAUCGAAUAAGGUGAGAGAACAGUGACUUGAAUUAACCAACAGCACUCAAUUUAAAGCAAGAACAGUGGCUGUAUGCAUGCUCCUUGUGUGAAGGCUAGCCUAACAAGUGUUAAAGUGGCUGCUAAAUUUUAAGAUCUUGUUUUUAGUUUUUGGUUAUUACCUCGAUAUGAGCAAAACAAAAACUUCCCUGUUUAAGAAUGGUUUUGUUCCAGUGUCUCAUCUCAGACUAUUAAUAUGACGAUUAUUUUCAGGACUUAAACAUGCAUCAAGCUGCAGAGGUGAUGCUGGCCGACUAGAGUAAUUCAUGAUGCAUUAAUAAUGCCUUUUACCUUUAAACGUAGUGUAUUUUUUCCACCUGCAAAAUGGUAGGCAGACUGAUGCCAGCAUCCUUGGUUCAGUGCUUGAUAAGCCCUGCAUUUUGACUAAUAUAUUUCUUGUAAUCUUGCUUUCAUAAAAUAUUUGAAGUAAAAA